AUGAGAGAUGAUUUUUAUUCGCUAAAUAGUAAAGUGAACUAUCUUGCUAAUGCCAUCAAGAUGCUGGAAGGUCAAUUGAAUCUCCUAUCAGCCCAACUAACAACCAAGAUGCCAAAGGAAAAUGAGGAAGGAGAGUUGGCUGUAAUUACCCGUAGCAGGAAAGUAACGAUAGGUAAUGAAGGAGAAGAACGUGAGGAAAAUCAUGGUAGGGAAGAAGCAGAAAUUACCGAUCAUCAAAACCUCGGCAAGAAAGCACAAGAAGGAAUGAAUCAGCAUAAUGAAACUCCAAAAAUAAUACAACCCUUACCCAAAAUACCUCCACCUUUUCCCCAGCGUUUGAAAGAGAAGAAUGAAGAAGAGAAGUUUAAAAAAUUCUUAUCUGUGUUCAAGAAGUUGUCCAUCAACCUUUCUUUGGUGGAAGCAUUGCUGGAGAUGCCAGUGAGAAAGCAUCAACCUGAUGCCAUAUGCCAUAUACAAGCAACUUGGAUUGGGAGAACCAAAGGCAACUACUAUGAGACUUCUUAUGGCAGAUCGAUCGAUCAAGCAUCCUAUGGGAAUCCUCAUGAUAUCUUGGUCAAAGUAGAUCGGUUAAUAUUUCCAGCUGACUUUGUGAUUUUAGACUGUGACAUUGAUGUUGAGAUCCCCAUUAUUUUGGGAAGGCCAUUCUUAGCAACCGGCAGAGCAUUAGUGGAUGUUGAAAGCGGCAAGUUGAAAUUCCGUGUGAAUGAUGAUGAGGUAACUUUCAACAUCUGA